AUGAGGGACGGCGGGGGGCAUCUCAGCACCCGCCUCGCAGAAGAGAAGGGAGCGGGCAAUGACUGGGAUGGACUGUUGUGCAGAGAACUGUUGUGUAGGAGAAGGCAGGAGGAGAGCCCUUCCCCACCAGCUGUCACCUCCAGGGUGAAUAAGCCUGCAGGUGAUGCACAUGGAAAUUCACAAAAUGAGGAGUUAUCAGUGGAAAUGAAAAAUGAUCUGAGUGAGGUCAGCCUCUUGCUUCAUGAUGGCAACAAAGUGCUUCCAUAUUUGCAAGAAUCAAUAUGGAGAAAUUCCGCUUCAGCGGCUGCUCAGAGUGGGAAUGUGGGUCUGCUCUUUGCUCCCACAGGAGAGCGUUUUGCUGGGGUGUCCUGCGGCAUCGGGGAAACUCAGAGGAGGGACUGGCGGGGAGGAGGGCCCAGGGCCACUGACAGCCACGGAGGAUGGAGCCAGAGAGGAGAGCCUUGGGGGUCAGGACUACCAUGCCAUCAGAAAUGGUCAGAAAUGGGGAUUUCUGAGGAUGAACCACCAAGUGCUCUUCCAGAGAAGCUGGACUCUGAGUUGGAUCCCUCUUGCCUGCGUUCCAUCCUGUCUACACUGCUGCACGCACAUCCCCAAAUAUUCUUGAAUGAUGAGACAAAAUGUGUUCUCCCUGGCCAUUCAAAGCCCAUGUUUUCAGAGCAAAGAGUAGAAUACAAGAAAAUGCUUUCAUGUGUAAAAAGUAUGUCAGAUGACCUGCAGAUAACACUGGCGUUACUAGCUCUACAUGUUUCUGAAUUAGCAGAUCUGUUAUGCCAUAGUUAA